AUGAGGCACCUAUAUAAUGAGUGUCUCAGGACGGGCACCUUUCCCCAGGUAUGGAAGAAGGCAUCAAUCGUUCUGAUUCCUAAGGAGGGCAAACACAAGGAACCGCCCUCGGCGUACAGGCCUAUAUGCCUGCUGGACGAGGCGGGAAAAAUACUCGAAAGAGUAAUCGCGGCUCGCCUCGUCCACCAUCUGUCCCGGGAGGGUCCGAAUUUAAACGAAAGACAAUACGGCUUCCGGGCCGGGCGAUCAACAGUUGAUGCAAUAUCGCAAGUUCGCUCGGUUUCGCAGGCCGUAACGAGGGAGGGCGGGGUGUUGUUAACGGUAUCUCUAGAUAUAUUGAAUGCCUUCAACACCCUGCCGUGGCACCGGGUGGGGGAGGCCCUGCAAUAUCACAGGGUCCCCCCAUACUUGGUGUCGAUAGUAGCAAACUACUUUCGGGACAGGCAAUUGGCCUAUGUAGAUAGGAACGCCGAGGAGCAAUCCGGGGGAGACAUCUGGGGAGAAGCGGUGGCGCCUCAAAAGAUAGAAGCUGUCUUUUUCCAUAAAAGGAAAAUAGGGGCGCCACCGAAGACCACGAUAACGGUGGAAAACACCCCCAUAGAGGUGGGGACCCAAAUAAAAUACUUGGGUUUCCACCUGAAUGGCAAGUGGACAUUCGGCGAGCACUUUCGCCGAAUAACCCCAAAGGUGGACAGGGCCGCGAUGGCCUUAUGUCGGCUAUUGCCGAACCUCGGGGGACCCGACGAGAGGGUUCGCCGACUUUACGCCGGAACUGUUCAUGCGAUGAUCAUGUACGGAGCCCCCGUAUGGGCGGAAAAGCUGGAGGCGACCCGAAAACUCAAAGACUCUCUGCAUCAACUGCAGAGAAGGGUCGCCAACAGAAUAUGUAGGGGGUUCCGUACAGUAAGCUGGACGGCAGCUGGGGUACUCUCCGGAGUACCCCCAAUAGAAUUGUUAGCCCGCAUGUACACGGAAGUGUACAAACGUAUGUGCGGGCUACAAAAAGAGGGGAUCAUCGUAACGGACAGUAUCCGGCGUAACUUGAGAGUUCACACCCGGCGGCGCCUAAUAGAAGACUGGUCCAGGAAACUGGAGAAUCCCAGUCUUCCUCGACAGCGCACCGUCGGGGCCAUCAAGCCCUGCCUAGAACAAAGGUUGGGCAGGGCUAAUAGAGGUGUCACAUACCGUAUGACUCAGGUGCUCACCGGGCACGGAUGUUUCGGUGAGUACCUGAAUAGAAUUGGCAAAGAACGCACCACACGCUGCCAUCAUUGUGGCUACCAGUGGGACACCGCCCAGCACACACUCGAAAACUGUGUUGCUUGGGCGGGAGAACGAGUGGAGUUGGUGGCCACAAUCGGGAGGGACUUGUCACUCCCAGCAAUAGUGCAAAAGAUUGCUGGGAGUAAAAAGGCGUGGAAAUCCUUCUCUUCCUACUGUGAAAGAGUAAUGCAGCAAAAGGAGAAGAAGAGAGACAGAGAGAGGGAGGGAGAGAAAAGAAGAGAGUGGGAGGAAGGAGAAGUUGUGGACAACAACAACGAUGAGGAGAAGGAGAGCAACCAACACACAGAUGGGGGUGUGCCCCCUCUUUUCUUGGCACCCGCCGCGGACAAUCAUUUGUCCGGCGGGGGCGUCGGGGGCUGGGGGGGGCAUGCGCCCAUCAUAUCUGCAUCUGACAUAGAUGCAGGAUGA